UGAGGACGUCGUCUGCUCUAUCAAUAGUAAAAGUGAUAGUAAUAAUUUCUGGUUACAGUGCCCGGCAGUGCAGCACUCGGUUUCGGAAGCAAGUCAGUGUUUGAGCGCAGAUCACGCAGCUCAACUUAAUUUGGACUAAUUGGAGAUCAGCAGACACGCACCAAAAUGGCAACUGCAGCAACGCAUCCAUCAAUUGCCUUCGUUUUUGCAGCUCUAAUUGGCCUGGGCCUGUGCCUGCUUGGGCAGACCAAUGUCGAGGCAUCGCCAGUCACCAAUGAAGACCUAAGCGGUACUAUAAAAUCGCUUAUUUACUCGUACAAUCAGCUGGAUAACAAGCUGGAGCGGCACGAGCAUCGGGAGCGUGCCCUGGGCGAGCUGCUGAAGAAGGCGAUGCAGUCCCUGCAAAAGGGCCAGAAGAAUCUGGAGCCGAUCAAUGGCAUUUUCGGGCGACUGGACGAACGCGUCAGUCAGAUUGAAACAAUGCUGAUCACGCAAGAGGAGAAGUACAAUGCCCAAACGGACAAGUUCAGUCAGGCCAUCGAGCACAUGUUCAAGUGGAUGCGGGAGAAUAACGAGUGCUUCAAGAAUCCGCCAGGCAGCCCCAAGGCAAUCGCCGCACCAGCACUGCCCAAUCAAUUUGUCGAGGAGCAGCAGCAGAUCAAUAAGCAGCUGCUCGACCAGCUUAAGCAGCUGUCGGCCAGCGUAAGCAAGCUGCUGGACAGCAGCAGCCAGGCAGCCCAGCAGACCCAGCAGGGCUUCGAGCGCAUGCCCAAGUCCGACGAGCUGUUGACCCAGAUCGAGGCCAAGCUGCAGCAGCACAGCGCCGCCCUCGCCGCGGCUGCCGUAGUUACCACCGCGGCUCCGCCCAAGAACGAUGAGUUUGAGCUGCAGCUAAUGGAACGCCUGGGCGCUCUGAGCACCGAUGUGGCGCAGCUGCGCAGUGCUCCGGCUCCGGCGGCACCUGCUCCAUUGGGUCUCAGCGAGAAGGAUCGAGCCUAUAUCCAGGAACUGAAUAAUGAGACGCUCAACGCUCUGGCGGCACUCAAGAGCGAAUCGCUGACAGCCCAGCAAACAGCAGUGCGCCAGACCACGGAGCACCUGCAGCAGACGGAGGCCAACAUACAGGGCGAUCUGCAGCAAUUGUCAGUUGAGCUAACCUUGCUGAAUAAGUACUACAAGGCGAUAAACGCCAGCCACAGCAAGUUGAACGAUGGUUUCGAUGCGCUGGGCAAGUUCAACAAUAUCAUGAUGACCAACUCUGAGGUGGUGCUGGACACGCAGCGCAAGGUGGAGUUUGGCACGCUGCAGAUCGUGCAGAAGGUAAGCCUGCUGUUGGAGCAGCAAGUGGCCGAGCUGACCAGCUUGGUAAAGACGCGCUUUAACGAACUGGACGAUGCUGUGGUGAACACACAGCAGGAGGCGAAUCGCAACAUAAGCGGACUGCUGGACACUGCGCUGACACAGGUGUGGCAUCGCAUCGAGAUCAUGACCAGCGAGAUUGGCCAGAGCCGGGAAAUGUUGGGCCUGAUGCAGGCGGGACACGAUGGCUAUGUGAACAGCACCUUUAGCACCAUGAUGGGCCUGAGCAGCAAAGUGGAGGAGACCAAAAAGCACAUGAUUGACAUGGACGACAAUCUCAACUAUCUGCUGGGCAAGUUGUCGCUAAUGUCCAGUGAAUUUGCCAACAUCAAGAAGGGUCUGGCUGACUCAUUGAUGGACUUGCGCAACUCGUUUCAAUUGAUACACGAACGCAUGCCCAGCAGUUCCGGGCCGCAUAACAAUAUUGAGAAGAAUCAAUAUGUUACCGAUUUCAAUCUAUUGUCUAAGCGACACACCCAGCCCGAGCGGGAGUAGAGCGCAAGGUUCG